AUGGAAAACCAAAACCUCUCGCGCCCAUUUCUCAUUGAAUUCAAUGGCCAAUUCGUAGUCAACCCCCGCAUGGACGACAACAUGGCCUUUGACGGACGCGUACCAGCCAGCGUCGGUGACCGUUCGAACGCCGCCGUGUUCGAGCUCAGCGAGGGCUACUUGCGCAAAGUUGGCGGACAAGGACCCCCUAUGCACUUUGGCCGUUUCGUUGUCGAGCCGCUUGCCUUUAUGCCCAUGCCUGUAUACUGGAUCCCCGAACAGAGCAUGGUGCAGCCGUGUAAUUAUACUGGAGAAGAGAACUCCCCCCGAAUUUUUGAAUCGAGAGGGUUCCACAUUGGUGUGCUACCUGGGGACGAGAAUCUAGUUCGUGCUAUGCCUCCGCACAUGUUUCCUGGUUCCGAGAUGAAAGUGCAUUGGCAGUGA